AUCGGUGCGCAUGGUGUGUGCUGCCGGCGGUAAACUGUUGUUUAUGGAACAGAAGUAAGGAAGUGCAGUGAAAAUGAAAUAUAUAUUGGUUACUGGUGGAGUUAUAAGUGGUGUAGGGAAAGGUGUUAUUGCAAGUUCUUUCGGCACUAUUUUGAAAUGCAGCAACAUCCAUGUGACGUCAAUCAAAAUAGAUCCGUAUAUUAAUAUAGAUGCUGGCACGUUCUCGCCAUAUGAACAUGGUGAAGUUUAUGUUUUGGAUGAUGGGGGAGAAGUUGAUCUUGAUCUUGGAAACUAUGAAAGGUUUUUGGAUAUCACAUUACACCGUGAUAAUAAUAUAACAACUGGAAAAAUUUAUCAGCAUGUGAUUAGCAAAGAAAGAAGAGGUGACUUCCUCGGGAAGACAGUGCAGGUUGUUCCCCACAUCACGGAUGCAAUUCAGGAAUGGGUAGAGAAGGUUGCUAACCAGCCUGUAACUGAAGAUGGAACCAAACCACAAGUAUGCAUUGUUGAGUUGGGUGGAACUAUUGGAGACAUAGAGGGAAUGCCAUUUGUUGAAGCAUUUAGACAGUUCCAGUUUCGUGUUAAGAAAGAGAAUUUUGUUUGUGCUCAUGUGUCUAUGGUUCCUCAGCCUCGAACCACUGGAGAACCCAAGACAAAGCCAACACAAGCAAGUGUGAGAGAACUUAGAGGUCUGGGAUUGUCCCCAGACCUUAUUGUGUGUCGCAGUGAGAAUCCAAUUGGUCAGGCUGUGAAGGAUAAAAUUUCGAACUUUUGUCAUGUUGCUCCUGAGCAGGUACUUUGUAUCCAUGACUUGCCUUCCAUCUAUCGAGUUCCAAUACUAAUGCAGAGCCAAGGAAUUUUGGAAUUUUUCAAUGACCGUCUCCAGCUGAAUAUUCCAAUGCCUCCUCCAAGAAAAUUUAUGUAUAAAUGGAAGGAUCUUGCGGAAAGGGCAGACACCCUAUGCAAGGACGUAACAAUUGCUCUUGUUGGAAAGUACACAAAGCUGGAGGAUUCCUAUGCUUCGGUGACCAAAGCUCUUCAGCAUGCUGCAUUAGCUGCUGGCCUCAGACUUAAGAUUAAGUACAUUGAGGCAGCAAAUUUAGAAGAUGUAACAAGAAGCGCUGAUCCAGUCUCAUACCAUGAAGCUUGGCAGCAGUUUUGCAAGAGCGAUGGUGUGAUUGUCCCUGGUGGUUUUGGUAAACGUGGAGUUGAUGGGAAGAUAGAGGCUUGUAAAUGGUGCCGAGAAACCAAGAAGCCAUUCCUGGGCAUAUGCCUUGGUCUACAGACUGCGGUUAUAGAGUUCUCAAGAAAUGUGCUGAACCUGACAGGUGCCAACACAACAGAAAUAGAUCCAGACGCGGAACAUGCCAUAGUAAUUGACAUGCCAGAAUACAAUCCCGGUAUGAUGGGCAGUACAAUGAGGCUUGGAAAACGCACAACAGUGUUUGCCUAUGAUAAUUCAGUACUUAAACAGUUGUAUGGUAACAAGGAAAGGAUUGAAGAAAGACAUAGACAUCGGUAUGAAGUGAAUCCAAAAUAUGUGCCUCAGCUGGAAGUAGCUGGCAUGAAGUUUGUUGGCCGUGAUGAAGAGAACAUCCGCAUGGAGAUUCUUGAACUGGAUGAUCAUCCUUACUUUGUAGCAACACAGUACCAUCCAGAAUACCUUUCCAGGCCUCUGAAACCUUCUCCUCCAUUCUUCGGAUUGAUUCUGGCAUCAGUUGGAAAAUUGCAUUCAUACUUGGCUCGUGGCUGUCGAUUGACUCCGAGACAGCUGUCAGAUGUUGAAUCAGAUGAUGAAAUCCCAGAAACAGUGAUGAAAGAUAAUAUUGUGAUAUCAAAUGAAAUGCUAACAGAAGGAAAGAGCAAAAGUGUAGGUAGUAGUUCUUAGUGUAUUGAAGAUGUGUAGGCAAAUGUUGAGUCCAAGUAAGCACCAAGGAAUCUGACUGCUGUCCUGACACAUGGAAAAUUAAAUCAUAAUGCCCAUUGGAAAAUCUUGCAUAACUUAUCCAGGACGGAAAUGAUACAGAGAAUUCAAAAUGUAGAAUGUUGCAGUCAGUUUUCAAAGUUGUCAGGUUCUAAGAUUUAUUGUGUACUGUGAUUUGUCUCCCAGUGUUUCAGAAGCAUUAUCAAUCUAUAUGAAUAACAAGGUAAUCAGUGAAUCUUCUUCUGUACUGCUUGAAAUGCCAUGUUUUCACUGAUACCAUGGGCACUAUUUUCCUAAAAAGAAUAUACCAAAAGUUGCGAUGAACAUUUUAUUUACAAUGGUUAUAGUGGUGCAUGGUUUUUUAGUGAUAAAGUUGAUAAUGGUGUUCUCUCAUUCCAAAUGAUAUUUUAGCUUUCACAGCUUUCUCUUCCUUUCUCAUGUAUAUACCAAAGCUACAGUUCACAGUCAUCAUCAUCAUCAUCAUCAUGGGAUAGGCCAUGUAUUAUCUGUUCCGUCCUCUUGAAGAGUAUGCUACUCCCUCCAUCUUAGCUGUGGGCAUCCCAUGUUUUGUUUUCUUUUCAGGUUGUAUGUUAGAAUUUUUUUUUUUUUUGGAAAUCAGUCUCUUCCAUUCAUUGCAUGUGAUAUUUCCAUUGUAACCUGGAUUUUAUAAUUUUAGCAUUUGCAUCAAAACUAUUCAGUUCUUCCAUAAUUUUAGUAUUUCUUAUUUGGUCCUUCAUUGUGUAAUCUGCUACUCUCCUGAGGAAUUUCAUUUCUGCAAUUUCAAUUUUUGCUUCCUUCCCCCCACCCAUUCUUUCUUUCUCUUUUUCCUUAGUUGCAGUCAAAAUAUCGGAUCAGUAUGUAAGUAUAGAUACUGCCACAGCUUUAUAAAACUUUACAUGUCCCACUUUCCUUAUCUUAUUGUGCAGUUUUCUUCUUAUGCUGCACAUUUGACUAAAUAUAUUCAUUUUUAUUUCUAAAUUUCUGUUGUAUGAUACAUCAGUCUGGCUUCUCUUCUUUUGACGAAUCUGAAUAUGUCCGUUUUUAUAAGACCAGGUUACCAACUUGGUGCUAAACCUCUGUCCUGGGGGGCCUGUUUUUUUUUGUCAAAGUUUUCCGAGGUUAGCACAUUUCACAUAAUUAGUGGAUAUUCAUCUAUUUAAAAGGUAGACUUAAUCAGAAAUUGCUCUGCUGGUAGAAAGCAAAUAUGUGAGAAGUGGCAUUCAUGUGUGUGGUUUAUAUCAGGGAUGUAAGAUGGAGGAUUCCUGCAGACACAAUUCAUGCAUUUAAAAGGGUCCAGUAUCUCCCACAAGCAGGAUGAUAGAUCCUGGGAAGCAUGAGUCUGUGGUGAAAAUAAACGAAUACAAUUCACAAUACUUCUUAUCAUAUAGACCAGGGCUGCCCUGGUGGAGGCACUUGGGCUGCAUGUGUCUUACCAUUUUGUUUUGUGGGGUUGGCAAGUCUCUUGUUCCAUUCCUCAAAAUAUAUGUUCACACUAACCUCUUUAAAGAAGACAGUGAAUCUUGUCGAAAAAGUUCACAAAUAUUGCUUUUCAAAUAUUCAGUGUAAUUUUCAACUGAUGUCGCAUGCUACCUCAUAAAUAAGUUUAAAAACGUAUGGAAUUGGUAUGAUUUAAGGAUCAUGUGUAAAUUGAUACAACAUAAUAAACCUUCAACAGCUGAUGUUUGAGAAACAUCAGUGAAGUAAUAGUUAAUUUAAAUAAAUGUUUUUAGGCUUUGUUGAUGUAUUUCUUGUUUGUGAGCUUGUGCUUCAUAGAUAGAUCAUUCCAGGGCAGAUAUUUAUGUCAACGCACUGGGAAAAAAAUAGUUCUUGUAAUGCAGCCCACAGACAGAUGCCUGAGGUACAAUGCAGCUUCUCAGAGAUUGAACUUUGACAGCCCUCAUGUAGACUUACACUUAAUUUGUAAACUUUAUAUUUUAUUUCCUAAAGCUGGGAUGCUUUUCAAAUUCAAGGGAUUGGAGAAAAUAGGAUAUAAGGUCUGUAGUAUCUGUGUAUAAUGAAUCAUGGUUUAUAUUGUUAAACUUUGCACAUGAAAAUCCCCUGUUCCCAUAAUGGUUUAGGCCAGAUAUUGAUAGCCAAAUAAGAGUUCAAACUUUGAAAGUUGUAUAAGUUUCCUUCAAGAAGAAAAUUUUAAAAAUGUAGAGAUACUUGUGACAUUAGGACACUAUAUAAAAGAAUAAGGAUUUAACAAGACUCCAGUUUUUGUUUGCAAAUUCGGUGUUAAUGUACUUUCUACAGUUAUUAAACUUUAUCUCCUUUACGAGUGUAAGUAAAAGCACUAAGUAAAGACAUUCAAAAAUAAAAUAUGCAACAUUCUGUAGGAUACACCUUUGGCUAUGGUGUGCUAUGUUAAAGUUCUUUCAGUUUCCUGCAUUUGGAACUUUCGAAUAAAUUUGAUGGACAUGAUUGUGCAACCUAGUUUCUUUAAUCCUUGAGUUUAAGAACAAAUUUAUGGACUCAACAAUCAGUCCAAAAGUGCAUAUUUUUUAUAUCUUUUGUAUGACUGUAAGAAAAUUUUCAAUGGAGAUAAGUUGUACUUUGGAAUCAUUGUUAUGACCAACUCUUCAAUGUCAUGUGCAUCAAAAAAUGCAGAUGUGUAGUCAUGGUGCUAACAGCUAAUAUCAAUCUGGAAUGCAUUGAAUGCAAGUCCAUAAGGUUAGAUACAUCAGCUUUAUCCAGAUUUUAGGCAACAAAAUUAACUUUUUUAGUAAUAUGUCCUUAAACUGUCAAAUGCUCACGGUCUGUACAUUAACCACUUGUCUCAUUUAAACCCCUGCUGUUGUAGUUAUCAAGCAAGAUACCAGUAUUGAAAUGGUUAUUUGUGUCCGUCAGUAUACAGAGGUAUCACGUUUUUACCUACUUUCAGUAAUUAUGCGCAUAGCAUUGUUGUGGUAUGUGGCUGAACAUAUUGCAGAAAUUUGACAAAGGUGAGGAUGUGUGCAAUAUGAAAAUGGUUUUGUGAUUUGUAUGUUGGGGUAUAAAAACUUGUGCUGGGUACACAGUUUCAGUUUUCAGUUAAAUUGCAAUAUACUCGUACUAUUAUAGUUGUUCAUGAACUUUGUAUUGUAGUGUAAAGUUCUUACAGAAUUUAUAUUGUUUUGUAUUGUAAUGAAAAAUUCUUGUAAUUGUAUGAUGAUGAACAUUUCAAUAAGAUUAUCUUUAUUUUUCGCAUCCUCUUGUGUAUCAUAUAUGAAAGCUAUAAUUGAGAGCAGUCAACACAACAGUUGGUUACAGACCAAGGUUAAAAUGUUUAAUAUUCCAUUAUUUUUAAUUACAUGCCACUAC